AUGGAUGGUUACGACGAUGCCAUGGUGAAGGCGGAGGAGGUGGAGGCCAAGGUCAGGCUGGUCAUGGAGUCCCAGCAGGGAAAGGAGCUCAGGGACAGGGUGGCGGUGGCGAAGGAUGAGGCCGCCGCCGCGCUGGAGACCGCCGCGUCAAAGCAGCGUUGGACUCAGACCGCCGGAUCGUCAAUUAGGCAGCUUUUUAAGUUAGUUGACUUUAUCAACAACCAGGCCUUAUAUCAACAACCUGGAAAUUUCGACGCACCAGUGAACCUAUGA